AUGAACUCGCAGCAUAACUCAAGCGGCCGGCGAGUGAUUACGGCGUGCUCCGAAUGCCAUAGACGGAAGCAGAAGUGCGAUCGACGCAGCCCUUGCAAUAAUUGUGUUGCUCGCAAGGUAGCUGGCAAAUGUCUGUAUAGAGAGGCAGCUAGAAUAGGUCGUGCUCCUCAACCGGUAUCCAGUACACCAAGUUCAGACGGAGCCGAUGAGCCUGCUCUCUCUAGUCGAGACGAGUUUCAAGAGAAAGGGGAUACCUUAAUUGGUCAACAUGAUCCCAAUCAAUUCUUAACAUCGCAAAGAAACAAUGACUUCCACAAUCAAUAUUCAUCGAGAGGUACUUCUAGGGCCGAUCCGAACACAACAACGCGCAACCACCCUGUCUAUGGGCUUCCAUCACCACCAAGCCUACCUAACACAAAUCACAGACAUCUCCCUUCUACUACUGUUCUCCAAGAACUAGUAGACGUGUAUUUCACCCGCUACAAUCCGCAAUUUAACUUUGUUGAAAGAUGCUACUUUGAUGAUCUUUUUAAGUUGUGGCUAAAUCACGGCGCAGGUUCGCUCUUGUAUUUCAACGCUUUACAGCUUGAACAAGAGCUCGAUGCAUUCCCUGCUUUAUUAUUUCAGAUACUAGGCCUGGUAAUUCAGUUCCUGCCGCCUGAUACAGAACUUCUAUCAAGAAUGACUAGGAGCGAGCGAGAUUCUGCCCAACGCUAUAGCGACAUAAGCUCUGACUUAAUGAAGAUAUAUGAAGCCCGAAAGUUUUCCAUAACAGCAGUACAGGCGUACUUACUUCGAGCUGUGUGGUUGAAAAAUGUAGGCCGAGCAGUUGAAGCAUGGCACUCUCUCGGUACUGCUGUUCGGCACGCACAAGAACUGAGACUUCAUGAGGGAAGAGAUGUUCAUCAAGAUCCAUCUCGGAAAGUGACUGAAACACUAAGUCUUUUCUGGUUAGAAGAGUACCGACGACGCCUUUGGGCCAAUUUGUUCGUUUACGAUGGACUAAUGGCAUUGAUGCUUGGACGCCCGCGGACAAUCAAUACUGGGGAUUGCGACUUCAGAAAACCUAUGAACUGCGAUAUACCCACUGAACGUUCAGAAGGACUUCCACUAAUGAUACCGCUUGGAUCUGAUCCAAAUGCGCCAAACACUGCGUCGCUGAUCCUGCCUCUCUAUGAACUUGUAUUUCUCUUUCAUGAGAUGCGUACACAGAAGACCUCUACGCCACAUCCAACUGAUUACUCAAUUAUAUCGGACCUUCAUGAUCGAGCUUCCCAUAUAAUUCAAACAGCGCCUGCAUUUCUACGACAGCAUAGUCAGGAUUUGUCGUGGGACCCGCUGUAUCCUCAUGUAACAUAUCAACGCGAGAAUCUGUUAUCCAUGAUCAAUCUCUUCUUAAUCACCCUACACCGACCUCACGUCGGAGUACACGCAGUGAGUCAGAAGGCAGCACUGCAAGCCUCGAUCACUAUCUUAGAAUCCCAACAGAGGAUAUUUGAUCUGACACCUAGACAUCUGUAUAGUUAUGUGGGGUCGGCCUUCUGUACAAUUGAUGCAGCAUUGUUGCUCUGUGUCAUGAGUACCAAUAUGCGCUAUCGAGAUAGUCUGAAGCAACGAAUUGAGCACCUGCUGGAUCAGUCGACCGAGCGUCUGACGAAGAUGCAAGUCGCUAGUGUAGCUGCAAAAUCUGGACUUCAAGUACUACAAGACUGUUCCCGAAAACUGAAAAGCAUAAACGGAACGGACAAGACUAAUUCCGAUUUUUUAGCGCCAGUCAUUGCAGGAUAUACACCAGGAUCUUCCGUCAACACGACAUCUGGUAUCGCACCCGACGAACUAGACUCGAGUUUCAAUGUCCCCUUGGAACCAGACAUUUCCACAAUCGGAUUACCGGACUUAAACAUGGAUUUCAACUAUUUCGAUACUGAUUUCUGGCUGGGACAUCUUGACCAGAUACCCUUGCCUGUUCCAAGCUUACUUGAACACGAGGUUGCGUGGGACGCAAUGGAUUUCGAAUGA